UAUCGUUAGCAGGUGCACCAUUUACUACACGGGGCAUUUAACGAAUUAAAUUUACGUUAGAGAAGCCUGGAGAGCAUAUCGUCGCUGUUCUCAGGCAAAGCUACCAUGUACAUUUUAUAUAGGAUCCACUCCUGAGGAUGAAGCAUCUGAAGUCACCUUCAUGGUGCCCAAGAAAGAAAUCAGCAUGGUGCCUGACAUGGGCAAGUGGAAACGAUCUCAAGCAUACGCUGAUUACAUGGGCUUCAUUCUAACACUGAAUGAAGGUGUGAAAGGAAAGAAGCUCACAUGUGAAUAUAAAGUGUCUGAGACAGUGGAGAGGUUACUAGAUCUCUUGGGGACUCUUGACCGAUGGAUAAAUGAGACUCCUCCUGUUGAUCAGCCGUCACGCUUUGGUAAUAAGGCCUACAGAACCUGGUACGCCAAACUAGACCAGGAAGCAGAGGCCUUGGUGUCAACAGUGGUCCCUGCUGACAAAUGUGCAGCGGUUCCAGAGAUAGCUGUUUAUCUGAAAGAGUCUGUGGGGAACUCCACCAGGAUAGACUAUGGAACAGGUCAUGAAGCUGCUUUUGCUGCUUUCCUCUGCUGCCUCUGUAAGGUCGGAGCUCUCAGGGUAGACGAUCAGCUGGCUAUUGUAUUCAAGGUUUUUAACAGGUAUCUCUCAGUGAUGAGGAAGCUGCAGAGGACCUACAGAAUGGAGCCAGCUGGAAGCCAAGGUGUGUGGGGACUGGAUGACUUUCAGUUCCUGCCCUUCAUAUGGGGCAGCGCCCAGUUUAUAGAUCACCCGACACUGGAGCCUCGCCACUUCAUCGAUGAGAGGGUGGUGAAUGAGCAUCAACACGACUAUAUGUUUCUGGAGUGCAUCAAGUUCAUUAAUGAGAUGAAGACGGGUCCGUUUGCUGAACACUCCAACCAGCUGUGGAACAUCAGCGCUGUCCCUUCCUGGUCCAAAGUCAACCAGGGCCUGAUCAGAAUGUACAAGGCCGAGUGUUUGGAGAAGUUCCCUGUGAUCCAGCACUUCAGAUUCGGUAGCCUGCUGUCCAUCCAGCCAGUGAACCCCUGACUCUAAUCGAGGAAUGUCACACUCACAGCGGAAAGACCAAAAUCCCAACAGUUGGAACCAACAUUUCCCCCCUUUCUCUGGCAUCUUCAUGUGCAAACAAAACAGUAGCAGAAAUCAACCACGUAUAGUCUGACAUGCAUUCCCACAUGUGCGCGCGUGUGGUCGUGAAGGCUUUUAAGUCGUCCACAACAAAAUGCAGAGCAUGUUGUGGUUGUGAUUUUGGAGCAUCCUCUUGUAGAAUUGUGCUCAUUGAUCCUUAAAGCUUGAAUUUACCUGAGAGUUUGGAUCUUCCUGAGCAGUAGGCUCAUCCACCAAGUGAGGUGAUACAAAUAAGACUUUGUGUGAAGUGGAAAAUCUUUCGUUUCCUGUUCAGUCUUAGUUGUAUCCUUGGUUUUUGCCUUUAAGGUCAGAUGUUUUAAUGUAUGCACAUUUUAAUAGCCCAGUUUGUUUUUAUCACAUCAGUUGUGAUAAACACUGUAAAUUGAUAAAGUGUACUUGAAUAAAUUCUCGUGGUUGUGCUGUGCAGCUUUUUCUCCUCAAAAAUUCUCAACCCAAUUGGAAAAUAUUAGUUUAUCACUCCAGGUUGAAAAGACUGUUAAAUCCUGGAUGUGUUUCUAUUAGCACGCUUGAAAGAUCACUUCAUGUGUUUCUUAAUUUAAUCAAAUAAAAGCUAUUUUUGUGUUACUGAA